CUCUCUACCAGUAACAUUCUUUAAAACCCAAUAUAUUUCGAUAAUAUUCUAAAAUGGCCACAGCUAAUACUAAUGAAGCAUCUCCAGAUACCAUGUAUGCUGAAUAUUUACAAGAUGAAGCUCCUAUAGCGUCAUCAAAAAAGAAAAAGUUGACCAAGGCGGAAAAAAUGGAACUAAAACGUAAAGAAGAAGUAGAAUUUAAAAAAUUGGAAUUAAGAGAUCUUAUGAGAAGAGAAUAUGAAAUGUCCAAGAAAACGGCAAAGAAGUACAGAGAACGUUGGGAAAACAUGUGUCGGGAAAUCAAGUUGAAAGAAAUGAAAAAGGAACUAGAGGAUUGGGAAAAGAAAAUUAAUCGAGUUAUGCAGCAAAAAGAUGAAAAAGUGAAACUCAUACUAGAUGAAAUUGCGGUAACUGAGGAAAUGCAUAAAAAUAACUUUUCCACGCAACUACAAAUGAUGGACUAUUUAAAAGAUAUUUUAAAAACAUUUCAAGAAACCUCUCGUCUUUUGUAUGAGCAACAGGCCUCUGAGAUCUUGCAUGACUUUUACCGGGAAGUUGCCGAAAGAAGCGAAAUCGAUAGUCGUGUUAAAUUGAAUUGUGAAAGUGUGGCCCAUGCUACUGAACUUAUAGCUGAACAAGAACUGUUAAGCGAUUAUCAAAUAUUCCUGGACAAACAAGAUGAUCGUGUAAAUACCGAAAUUGAAAAACGUUAUCGUUUACGUGAUGCCAUCACUAAGAAAAUGAAGGAUCUACGCAAACAGUUAAUAGAAUUUCUUGAUUCACUACGCAAUGUUUCAUUAGAUGUCCACAAAUAUGAACGCAUAAAUGCUUUAAUGGAACGUCAGCGUAAUUUUGUUUCAGAAUCAAAAAAACUUAACGAUGUAGAGCAACGCGGUUCAAGUGUUUACGCUGAUCUACAGCAUGAUCUAGUGCAAGUGGAGACAGAAGCCAAGCGCAAGAUCAAUGACUUGAAAUUGGAACAUGGUUAUUUUCUGCAAAUGCGCAAAGAUAUAGAAAAUGAAAUGAAAUUAGAUCGCGAACAAACGCAUGAGAAACUUAGAAUUAUGACUAGUGAAAGUUUUAAAGUGCUUAAAAAAUAUGAAAAAUUACAAAAAUAUGGUGAAUUAUUACUGUCUCUGGCUGCCAAUUGUAGAAAAUUCCAAACAGAAUCAGAAAAAGUUGUAGCCUGGGGUGACUUUCAGGAAGCCAGAAUUGAAAGUGAAAUUGAUAAAGAACCAUUUGAAUUGGAAAUUAUAAAUCUAAAAGACCAUGUAGAUAUAACCGAAGCUGAGCUACAAACCAAUAUCGAAUUAAUGAAGCAUUUCUGGAGACGUCAGGCUUUAGCCGAAGCUCAAAUUGUACUACUUGAAGAAAAGAAACAUAAACUGCUAAAGGAAAAUCAAAGUUAUAUUGACACAAUCAAACGUUUAAGCAAGGCCGAUAAUGUGGAUGAUCUUAAGGAAACUUUGAAAGUGCAAAGUGCUUUAGAUAAGGAUAAUAUAACAUAGAUCUGAUGGAAUGAUACAUUUUACAUAUUUGGUUUAUUAGAAAACCCUUUUUUUUUGUUUUGUUUUAUACAAUUUUUUUCACUAACAAUUUAAUAACUCUUAAUUCAAGAUCACUUAUAUAAUAGUUACUGUUUGGGAUUAUAAUUGAGCACAUCAAAUGUUAAAAUUUUAUAAAAUGAUACCGACCAAUCCGGGUCAACGACAUCAGCUGGAUU